UAAUUUAAAUGUCAACUGUUUCUACGCUAGUAGGAUUCGAACCCCAGAGCUGAAGCUAGAAUUGUGUAGUUCGGAUUCGCGAAAAUGAGCCGCCGCGGCGGUGGCGGAGACGGCGGCAGCAGCAGCAGUAUGAGUUCAGUAUUCUACGCAGAUGAAUACCAUCCUAUCCAAGCCGGCAGCAUCGACGGUACCGACAUUCUUCCCCACGACAACGGCGUCUACAGAGCUCUCCUUUGCUCCAAAGCAGCCCUAUAUGACCCCUUCGGCGACCCUAAAGUCACCGGCGACCCUUAUUGCACUCUCUUCGUCGGCCGUCUCUCUCAUCUCACCACCGAGGACACUCUCCGCAAGGCUAUGAGCGAAUACGGUCGUGUCAAGAACUUGCGGUUGGUCAGGAACAUAGUGACGGGUGCCUCACGUGGUUAUGCAUUUGUUGAGUUCGAAACUGAGAAGGACAUGCGUCGAGCAUACAAGGAUGCUCAUCAUACUUUUAUUGAUGAUUCUGAAAUCAUAGUUGAUUACAAUAGGCAGCAACUGAUGCCUGGCUGGAUUCCAAGAAGGCUAGGUGGGGGCCUCGGUGGCAAGAAAGAAUCAGGGCAACUUCGAUUUGGAGGACGAGAAAGACCAUUCCGAGCUCCACUGAAACAAAUUCCUUUUGAUGACUUAAAGAGGCUGGGCAUACCACCUCCUCCUGAAGGAAGAUACAUGUCGCGCUUUCAGAUCCCAUCUCCACCGAGAAGGAAAAGAAGUAGCUCGUCCGACUUGGAUGAGAAAGAGAAACGGGAUAGUAAGCAGCACAGACGCGCUAGACAUUCUUCUUCCUGGCGGCCAUCAUCGCGUGACAGAAGCCGUGUGGAUGAAAGAAGGAACUGAUAGGCGCCAUGCUUGGCUUGGAUCCAUCACUCUCUGUUUUGCAUAAUGCAACAUUGUAGGGUGUAAAAUAUACCUGUUUUUUACCCAUUGCCUCUGUAAAAAUUAAGUGAAUAGUGUUGGCAUUAUUUCAUGAGGGGAAAAUGCGAUCAGUUUUGAUGAUC